GGAAGAAUGGAGUUUCCAGACCAUAGCCGCCAGUUGCUGCAGUGUCUGAGUCAGCAGCGUCACCAGGGCUUCCUGUGUGACUGUACUGUUUUAGUUGGAGAAGCUCAAUUCAGAGCUCACAGAGCCGUUCUUGCCUCUUGCAGUAUGUACUUCCAUCUUUUCUACAGGGACCAGUUAGACAAAAGGGAUAUUGUGCAUCUGAACAGUGACAUUGUCACAGCCCCUGCCUUCAGCCUGCUGCUCGAAUUCAUGUAUGAGGGAAAGCUGGAAUUCAACAGUCUCCCCGUUGAAGAUGUGCUGGCAGCAGCUAGCUACCUUCACAUGUAUGACAUUGUGAAAGUCUGCAAGGGCAAGUUGAAAGAUAAAGAAUUAUGUUCAGAAGAGAAGAUUAAUGAUGAGGCGACUAGUUUGGAGAAAGCAGAGCAUUUUCUAGACGCUGGAGUGCCCCUGGUCCACGAGUUUGACCCAGGAAACAAACAAAAAUUCAGCGUUGCAGAAUACGAGAGAGCAGCAGGCAAAGAAAAGGUCAGCAGUCACCCCGCCUGGUCCUCUGAUCAUAUAAGUGUCAGCUCUGUGCCGACAGAGGCAGAACCGUGCGCCGCAGCAGCUGGAAAAACAAAGGCUAAUGUCAAUAGUUCCACAGGACCUUUGUCCCAAAGGUCUGUUAACCAUCCCCUGGCCUCGAGUGAUGUGGACUGUGCGCUGGAUUUGUCUUUCAAGCCUGUGUCGGGGAGAGAUUCCUUACACCCCUCCUAUGUCUUUGGACAGCUGGCUUCCGACAGCCAGCAGCAGGGUACCGAGCCACUUGUUAAAGAUGAACAAGACUUGCUGUCAGAUCAGGAGGACAGCGAAGCCAGGAGUCCAGAGAGUCAGCAUUUUGGGAAUUCAGCCAAAAGCCUAGUGACAGGGUUAGGACACAUGUUCGCGGGGAAUGGCAGCUCUCAUGCCCGAGAGGAGGAUAUAGAUCAAGAGCGAGAUGAGAGCGAGGACGACAUGGAUUCCUCAGACAUCUCUUCGGGUGUCCUCGUGCCUCCUGGGCAUAUCUGCAUUUGUCCCCUCUGUAGCAAGGUGUUCCCAAGCCCGCACAUCCUUCAGCUGCACCUGAGCUCUCACUUCCGUGACAAGGACGGCUCCCGGACCCGCCUGUCCCCUGAUGGGUCAGUCCCUACUUGUACCCUCUGUGGAAAGACUUUUUCUUGCAUGUACACAUUAAAGAGGCAUGAGAGGACUCACUCAGGAGAGAAGCCCUACACCUGUGGCCAGUGUGGAAAGAGCUUCCAGUAUUCCCACAAUCUUAGCCGCCACGCAGUCGUGCACACUAGGGAGAAGCCCCACGGGUGCAAGUGGUGUGAGAGACGAUUCACACAGUCUGGGGAUUUGUACAGACAUAUCCGCAAAUUUCAUUGUGGCCUUGUAAAGUCCUUGGUUGUUUGA